AUCUACUUCUUAGCCUGUAAGAGAAUCAAGAUUUAAUAAACUAAAUCACUUUGGCUACACCUUUAAGCUGUCGAUGGCAAUAGAUCUAUUUCUAGAGGCUAAAAUCUAGAAAUUAGAUUUCUAGAUAAUAUUUUAUGGAAAGAAUAAAAAAGUUUCAAGUGAGUAUUUCCUCCAAUGACAACAUAAAUAUUACACAUCGAGCAUCAGGCAACUGGUUCCCAACCAUGAGACUGAGGAGAGGACCCAAGUGCUACUUACUGGCUUCAGCCGCAGUCUUUUUCAUUUUGAUGAUUUACAUCAAUGACUUGACCUAUAUCUACUCUUAUUUAAAUAAUAAGGUUCCAGUACAUCGCCAUGUCUUGAGAUGGUCAGACCAUGAAAGUAAGGUAGAUCAAAGGCAGUCCAGGAUCAUGAUUACAUACAAAGGCAGGCUGGGCAACCACAUGUUUGAGUAUGCCACCUUAGUGGGCAUGGCCAAGCGUUACAACAUGACCCCGAUUAUACCUGGUGACCUAGAUGUGCUAGAUGUUUUUAAAAUUCCAACCCUCCAAGGGCCCUUAAGUCUACUCAGGGAGCCCUACAACACAUACACAGAGGAAAGGGCCGCAGCAUACUAUAAGGGGGUUGAAAAUAUAGACCCCACUCGAGAUGCUUAUUUGGACGGAUACUACCAGUCCUGGAGAUAUUAUAAAGACGUCCGUGAUGAUCUUCUGGAUCGCCAUUUUGUCCUCCAUGACAACCUCCAGAUAGCGGCAAAGCAGUACAUUCAAAAGCUGCGUGAUGAUAAAAACAUGCCUGAUGCCGUUUUAGUGGCCAUACAUGUGCGCAGGGGAGAUUUUGUUCGCCAGCGUGUGAAAGGCUUCACAGUUGCCCCCAUUCCUUAUUACUACAGGGCCAUGAACUACUUUAGAAAGAAAUACAGCAAAGUCUUAUUCAUUAUUUGCACCAAUGACCUAAUAUGGGCAGAAACCAACUUAGAUGAUAGUCCUGAUGUGCAUUACUCUCAUGAGACAGACGGAUCUCUUGAUCUGGCUAUAAUGAUCAGCUGUAACCACAUGAUCAUCACUUCUGGUUCUUACUCAUGGUGGGCAGGCUACUUGGUCAGAGGGGAGGUUAUAUAUUAUGCUGGUUACCCCCAACCCAAUACUAAAAUAGGUAAUUUGACUGUUAAAGAAGACUAUUACCCACCGAACUGGAUGGGAAUUAUGUGAUACAAUUUUUAUCAUUGUUUGUGGGUCAUGUGAUUCUGUGUCCAUCUCCGGAUGUGGGUUAUGUGAUUCAAUGUUUAUUUUCAUAUUUGUUUUUAUUAUGGUAUGAAGAAUUUCCAUGAAAUUCAACAUUUUUUUUAGCAACUGUUGUUUGUUACUAGCAUUGAUGUAUGAAGCUUGACAUGUCACUAAUAUCUAAUGAGUAAUUAACUGUUGAUGCUCUAAUUACUGUUUCAAUGUGCUCGUUCUGAAAUUGAUAGCUGCUAGAAAAAAUAUUUUGUAUAGUGCUUCUUUCAUGCUUAUAGCAAGCUCAGUGCGCUGUGGUCCAAUCUCUUUUGUGGAUCAGUGGGGAAGAGGAAUCUGGCUCAGCAAACACAUUUCUGCUCAAGUAAUGAUUUUAACUCGGGCCCCCUUCUUAGGCUGCUAAGCCAAAGCCACACAUCCCACAGUUUUCUUAUAUUUUAGAGAACUAAUUCAAGCUAAUUAAAAACCUUUGCAGUUUAUUUGUCAGUAAAGACACUAACAUUGAUAGUUUUAUUUCCAUGUUCCAAUACUUUUGUAAGCUGGCACUAUUGGGUUUUUUUUUAUUGUGUAAUUAUGAUUGUGAAGAAAUUAAAAAAUUGAACAGUCUAUCAUAUCAGUGUUUCUUGGUCUUUGCUGGUAUACAGUAAAGUUCUCUUUGUUUUUAUCCAUUAUGAUUCUGAUUAAUUUCAUUAAAACCUGAGUUCAUUGAAUUCCAUUUCUAGUUUUUUUUCUAAUCAUUAUGUUUUACGAAUGUAUUGAAAAAUUUUUGUACCAGCAUUUAACAACUGAACUUUGAUUGGAAUGUAGGAUAUUUGUGAGAAGGGUUUGGGCAUAUCAUGUGCCUUUGCUUAGUUGUCAAGUAAGCUAAGCAAACAUACCGAUAUAUUCUUCAGCAGCAUUUCUGCCUAUAAAAAUGAUAGUUUAUUUUCGUGGUAUUAGUUACAUCUUCAUAUGUUUGUUUGUUUUUUUACUGUUUUUAACUAUUAUUGGAACAUUCCUGUCCAAACCAUAACGAUCACAUUUAUUGUAAAGGACAACAACAAAAAACACAGUUGUUUUUUUUUUAUAUUUUAAUUUUUUUAAAGGUCUUUCAGUUGAAAAGGAAUAAAUCUAUAAUCAGAGUGGUACUGUUCUAAUAUCAGACUACACUCUGGUGGACUAAUCUAUGAUAACCUGUAACUUCAUCAGCUCUACCUGUAAGAUUUUUUUUUUUUUUUGUAGGGAAGAAAGAGAUUAUUGCUGGUACAGAGCUGUAUUGAGGCUGCUUAGAAUGGUUUUAAUAUAUUGCCAGGGUAUUAGAUGUAUCUAUUAACAAAACACUUUUAGCUUGACCAGGCAGUAAAGUGUUAGAUUAUUUUUAGUUCAUAUUUUUGAAUAGUUUGGAUCUGAUCUGUAAUAAUAAGUUAUUUUCUGUUGAAAUCAUUGUAGAGAUGUUUAAAUACUCCCAGCUUAUGUGGUACUGCGAGGUAACUGUGUGGCCAGUACAGAAUCCAGAUUUCUUUUGUUUUUAUCAAUGUGAAUUACAAUUAUUAUUGUAGAAUUCUUUUAUUUUUCCUUACAGUAGUUAUUCACCACAUCUUUCACCUUAUUUUAUUUUUUUAUUUUUUUUGUUCUUGUAUGUUUUGCCUCGUCAAAGCCAUUAUUAAAAACACAUUUUACAAGAUUGGUAAGGUGAUGGGAGUUGUGAUCUUUGGAAGGUGAUGGGAGUUAUCAUCUAAAUGUACAUGCCUCUUCAUACAUUGUUUUUGAAUAUGAGUUACAUAGCAAAGAGAUAUGAACUAUGGCCCAAAAAAAGAUAGAAAAUUCAGACAGUCUUUGUACCUCUUAGUGUCUUCUAAACUCAUAAGUGUAAUAGAAUUAUGCCAACUUUUAAAUAAAUUAAAUACUGUUACUCAAAAGUUAAAUUAAAUGCACUUUUUUUUUUUCAUUUCUUAAAUGUAUCUUUUUUUAAUAGUUUUUUAAGUAGAAAAAAUUGUAGGUGAAUUUAAUAUAUUUUUAUAAAGUCAAUUUUGUAUUGAUUGUGUGCAAGAUCACUAGAUAUCUUCAUAGCAACAUGAUGAUCAGAGCUGCUUUUAAUGUAAAUAGAGGCAUAAGACUUUAUGGUAGUAUUUUUUUUAUUUAUUUUUUUUUGGCUUUUCUCUUAUCUUGCAUUGAGUAUGCUACUACAAAAAUAACAAAAUCAGAGCACAAGCACUGAACAAAAAAAAAAGGCUUGGCUUGUGAACUCCUAAGACUUCACCUAUGUUAGGCUUGGUUUCUCAGCUAAGUGUAGGAUAUAACUGCUUGUCAUAUGAAUUUCUCAACAACAAUUUAAAAAAAAAAUAGCUACAGUAACUAUAGGGAUUUGUUAUUAGUUCUGAUUGUAUAAACUUUUUUUUUCUUUUUAUUUCCUAUAAUUUUUUUUAACUUGUGAUAGGCUUGCUACGAUCUGUCCCAAGAGAAGUGCUUUUUACUCAUUAGCAGGGCCAGAAAGCAUAAUGUUAUCUAGUGGCAGAGAUAGCUUCUCACUUUUUUUUCCCCAUAGGAGCCUUUGAACAAACUACAAGAACAAAAUAUUCUUGUCACUUAUUACCACUCACUUUAGCUUCUUGCCUUAGUUUAGUAGAAAAAUAGAGGGAAAAGGGAAAACCCAAGACAGUGUCUUUUGUUUUAAUUCCUAAAUAUUGUUUUCUGUAUGAUUUACAUUUGUAAUCGCUUGUAUAUUCUCAGACCUAACAUGACAAACCUAUAUAACUUAUAUUGGUAUAGCACAGAGCCGUCACAGAGGCUUUUUCUUUUCAUUCUUUUGGGUACUUCAUAUUUCUUGGUUGGAAAAAGUCGAUCAUUGUGCUGGCAGCUUUGACGCCCUCAUUAAAUUUUGUCCAUAGAAAUGUGUGACCUUUAUUGAGCCUACUGUAUAAUUCCCUUUGCUUGACAACCUACUUGUUUAUUAACUAAUUUAUUGGUUAGAUUGGUUAUUUGUUGUCAUGCUUGUUGUUACCAAUUCAGUUACUGUCUGAAUUUUAGGAAGAUAUUGAUGUGAAAUAAUGAAUAUAGCCUGCAGUGACCUCGAGCAUGUAAGGGGCUUUAUAGUCUCUCCCCAAAAACAAUAAAAAAUUAAAAGUAAUUAUUACAUUUUUUUAAAAAAUUACAUUAUUUAAGAUCACAAAGGAAAAAAAUGACAAGGAAAUAAUUUUUGUAAGCGAUUUACUAAAAAAAUAUUUAUAACUUAAAGCUCAACAUAUUAAAAAAAAACAGUUUACACAUCUCAUGUUUAAUAUGUUUCUGUAUGAAAACCUUUGUGUUUUUAAAUAUAAAAGAUAAGUAUAAAAAAAACAACUAAACUUGGCCAUGAAAUUGUCCUUUUUUUUAUUUACCUUAAUGUAAGGAAUUUGCAACAGUCUCAUCAGUUUUGUCUUAUAAAUGUUCCACUCUGGGUGCUUGUUUUUAGACAAUGUCAGACAAUGCCUGAUUCAUUUAAUCAUUCAAUAUUAACAUGUUAUACAUAGUGACCUAAUUAUUGACUUGCUUCUAGAUGAAUUUUGGCCACAUUUUUUUAUAUUAAUAGCAGUUUUAUAGAAAUUUUUUUUUUCUAGACUUGUUCAAGCAUUUUUAUGCUCAAAUAUUGCAUUGAAAAGAACAACUACUAGCAAUGGGAAUAAGAAAGAUAUUAUCAGGUAUUUCUGAGUUUUAAGACAUUGUUCAAAUAGUCAAUUGCUCAUUGUUGCAAUAACUUUUUUUUUUUUGGUCUUUUUCUUGGAAAUGCUCUGACAUUACUAAUACAUGAAAUAAAUAAUGAUAUAUUUUGUCUAUAA